AUGGCUCUCGCCGUCGCCGUUUACUCCCUGUCGACCCAUGCUGCUCAAGACAUUGCGCCGAAUAUGACGGAAUGUCUUCCAUCUUGCGCUAGACAGUACAGAAGUCUUUCUGGGAUUGUUCUGAGCUGUCUCACUACAAUCUUUUUAUGCAUCUGGGUGUCGCUCCAUCUCAAUGUUCCCGAGCCUGUGGACACCAGGGGAUUGGGCCGACUCAAGCGAUUCAAAGUCUGGUUCAGGUCGUUUAUUAGAUGCACCGUUGUUCCUAUCUUCGUGACACUGGUGUUCCCAGAAUGGGUUCUGGGUAUUGCAGUUCUCCAGUUCGCCAAAGCCACUCAACUGGCUAAGAAGAUCGGCGGGACUCGCCAACAAGGAUUCUUUAUCAUAAUGGGUGGCUUUCAUCUGUUUAGACGACACCCGGGGUCUUCAAAAAAUCCAAUCAGCACUAUAAUACAGGGCGAAGAAGAAGCACACCCACUGGUCAAUAUAUCGGAGACUGAAGGCGGUAAGGCUGACAAUGCGCCGAAUAGCAAGGCAAUCCGUCUACUCGAAGAGGAGAUUGGAGAGCCUGUUCAUCCUCUCGAUGAAUUUGAUAUCUGUCGGCUUAUCGACGCCGGUCAACUCCACUUCCCUCCUUCUGCCGAGCUACAGGACAGGUGCAAAAGCGACGAACUCGCAAAGUUCCUCGUGAUAGUCCAAACGCUCUGGUUCAUCGUUCAGUGUGUUGCUCGGAAAGUCAACAAGCUCCCACUUACUGAGCUCGAGGUCAUUACGCUCGGUUAUACUCUACUCACGGUGUCAAUGUACAUUGCAUGGUGGGACAAGCCCUACCGGGUGACGUUCCCAAUACGUGUGUAUGCAACGCUCCCCGGACGUACAAAAGAACAAGAAGAGAUAAAGUGGAAUAUGGAGAGGUAUUCAUUUCGGGACAUGGCCUUUGGGUAUGCCACAGGCACUCAGGAUGAUGCCGUCGACCUACGGAGUGUCAGAGAAAUUCCCAUGUUUUCCUCUGGGUACAUAAAGAAUAAAGGUCUCACCGAGUUUGUCGGGAUUCUGACCACAGUCAUUGUUGGGAUGGUCUUUGGUGCUGUCCACUUUCUUGCGUGGUCGUCGCCCUUUCCAUCUCACCAUAUGCAGUUCCUCUGGCGAUUCGCCACAAUUGUGAUGACUGCAGUUCCACCUGCUGCAGUUAUACUCUUCAUGUUUACUGCGGUAAUCGAAGGGUGCUUCUCCCCGGAUAAGUCGAUCCUUUACUUCCUACUUCUAUUGACGCCAUUAUACUUUGUUGGGAGAGGGAUAACGAUUGUGCUUGCGCUAGUGACGCUCGCAUCACUCCCACUCGAGGCAUAUCGAGACGUUGAGUGGUCCGACUUGUUUCCCCACAUCUAG